CCAUUCCCGCUCCGCUCCCGCCUCGCUCCCGCCACCAUGUCGGGCGCGGGCCUGGCGCCGGGCUGGGUGCCCACCCAUGUGCAGGUGACGGUGCUGCGGGCGCGGGGGCUGCGGUCCAAGGCGGCGGCGGGCGGCAGCGACGCGUACACGGUGAUGGCGCUGGGACGGGACAAGUUCUCCACGUCGGUGGCGGAGCGGUGCCAGGGGCAGCCGCUGUGGCGGGAGGAGGCCACGUUCGAGCUGCCGCCGCGGCCCGCCGCGCUGCGCCUCACCGUGCUGCACCGCGCCCUCGUCGGCAUCGACAAGUUCCUCGGGCGAGCCGAAGUCGACCUGGUCGCGUUGAGGAACGACGGAGGACGCCGGCACACACGGUGGUACAAGCUUCGCUCCAAACCAGGGAAAAAGGAGAAGGAGAGAGGGGAGAUCGAAGUGGAUAUCCAGUUCAUGAGGAGCAACAUGACAGCCAGCAUGUUUGAUCUGUCCAUGAAAGACAAGCCUCGCUCUCCCUUUGGCAAGCUCAAAGACAAGCUCAAGGGGAAGAGGAGCAGUGGUCUCUCCGACACAUCCUCGGCCAUCAUUCCCAGUACAUCUCACUCCCCUGCUGACAGUGAGGAUGAGGCGGUUGAGAAGGAAAAGAAGAAAUCCAAGUUCAAAACGCUGUUUUCCAAGCCUGGCCUGCAGAAGACCUCCCUCUCCCAGUCCAUGUCAGUCCUACCAACACAGCAGCCCGUCACCCAGAGGGUUCGGCUUCGGCCCAGUGACUUCCAGUCGCAAUGGGAUGAUGAGGAGCCUGAGACCUCUCCAACCUCAGAAAAGUCCUUUGGAAAUGCCCUGGAAGAGAAGUCCUCUCCUUCUCCUGUAUUUAAGUCUCGUAAAACAGCAAUUCUGGACAGCAGGCAACUAACCCAAGGUACCACGGCCCACCCCAAGAAAGAAGGGCUCUCUUUAUUCAGUGGCCUUAAAUCCAAAAGCGAUCCCGUUUCCAAGUCUAGUCUGUGUAUCAAUGGCAGUCAUGUUUAUAUGGAAGAGAGCAGCAUGAAGGACAACACUCCAGCCUCUUCCCCCUCUCCUCACAACUUCAGGAGGAAGCAGCUCUUUGCUUCAGAAGAGAACCUGUCUUCCAGACCUACUAAAGGACCUGAAGAGAUGGGAAGAACAUCUCCUAAUCAUGCUUUCUCUGGGUCGACGUCCUUGGAGACCUUUAAGUCUAUGACUUUGCCAUCAUACAAACUGCUUAGCAGUGAAGAACACCUGGAAACCAGCAUUCCCCCGAGUGUUGAGGUUAUUAAAGAGACCAAAAAACCAGAGCACAAAAAGUCUGCCUUGCUCUCUCUGGUCACUGGGAAGAAGGAAGCGGUGAAGACUGGGGAUGCUGAGAAUAUUCCUGACAGGACCCUGCAGGAUGAGGAAAACACAAUUCCAGAAGAGAAGAGUGAACAAGAGGCCAAAUGUCUUGAACCUCCAGCAGAUUCGGGCAGAGGGAAUCCUGCACAAGACUGUCACCAUGCAGAAGACAUGUCUGCCAACAAGCAGCCUCUCAACCCUUUUGAGGAAGAACAGAAACCUGAGAAAGCUGCUGCCCCAUCCAAGACCAAAGCUGUGAAGCCCAGACUCCAUCCUGUGAAGCCAAUGAAUGCCACAGCAAACAAGUCUCAAAGUAAAACCCUGAAUGUCAUCAGCACUAUGAAUGAGAAGCUGCUCGAGACCAAUGUGAAGAAAUACCACCCUUCAGAUCCUGCCUAUGCUUACGCUCAGCUAACACAUGAUGAGCUGAUCCAGCUCGUCUUGAAACAGAAGGAUGCAAUCACCAAGAAGGAUCUCCAGGUGCGUGAGCUUGAAGACUACAUCGACAACUUGCUUGUCAGGGUCAUGGAAGAAACCCCCAACAUCCUUCGUGUUGCAACAUCUGGAACCAAAAAGGCUGGAAAGAUGUAAAAGCUGCUGGGAUGCUGGUUGAACAAAGGGCUGGAUUCCCACCCGUGGAAUUUGAUGAAUAAGGAAGUGAUGUGAAGCAAGUGGUACUGGUUGUGCUGCCACGGAAAAUGACCUCUUUCCUGUUUCUGCCUUAAGCAACUCUCAGUUUGAUUAGUAGUUCCAUCAGGUAUCUGGAGCCCAGGAGUGGAGUCACUUUAUCAUAUUUAUUUGUUGCUUUCUUUCCAUUAUUUGGGAAGAUUUGUUCAGGCAUCUCAUCCAAAGUGAAGGAGUUUGAAGUGCUUUGCUUGCCAGCAAGGCGCUGAUGAUCCUUUUAUGAAGAUUUUGUUUUGAAUGGUUUUAUUUUGUAGCAGCUUUGAUAGAUGAAUUACUCUUCUUUCUAUAUCUUAACUUGUAGUGCAAUAUAAAACCUUGUAGAGCUUAAGGAUUGGAUUGAUUUAAACCAAAAUAUAACUACACUGGCCAAGCCCAAAGAUGUGUGCUUCAGACCAGGGCUGUGUUGUAAAAGUAAUCAAUGCCCUGAAAGCUGAAUGCAAGUUAAAGCUUAGAUUGGAAAGGAAGAAGCAAAGCGUAGUUCAUCUCAUCGAGGACAUGUUGAUUCAAAGCAGCUCUGCAAGGGGAAGGUUUGCAGGUCUUUUGGUCCAGGAGGCACUGAGAUGUCGUGGUACGUUUGUCUACCAUAGGAAUGGUAGUAAUGAACUUGGGCCAAAGGUGGCUUUUCAAUCAGAAGCUGUUCUCUGAUAGACUUCUCAUUCCUGAUUUGAAGGCCCUUCAAAUGAGAGAGGCAGAUGUAUGCCUGGCUUCUGUGUUUUAGUCUGCAAUAGGUGUGGAUCUCCUGGCACGCCUGCAUGGCCCGUGUCUGAUGCUGCAUGGGAGUUCUGUGGUGAUUCUUCUUUUAUGCCAUUGCAGUUCAUUUAAACACCUUGGAUUUUGGAGCUGGGGCUUGGAGCAACCUGCAAAGGUGAUGAGUCUUCCUAGGGGCAUUCCUUAUAGAGCCAAGAGAGGAGGCAAAUCGCCCUCCCCUGGGAUAGGAGCAGUCACAGUGCCCACGUUCUGGUGUGAUCUGAGUUUCUUUGUGACUUGCUGCUCAGAAUGGAAUGAAUUUUAGGUAGCUGAGGGAGUGUUUUGGGAGGCAGUUGAUGCCUUUCAGUCUGCUUCCUUAUUGUGUGGCUGGAUAGACAGAGGUAUGUGUCUAUUCUCCUCCCUGUCUCACCAUCAGCAAUACAGCAUAACACUAUCGAGCAGCACCACAGGCUCUCUCUACUGGAAAACCAAAUGUAGCCUCUGUUUUUUGGUGAGCUUUUAAAGAUCAAAACAAUCAGAUGCCUCUUUCCACCUCUGGGAUUUCUUAGGGUUGUGAGAGUCCAUCAAAGGCUUAGAAGGAAAGCUGAAAUACCAAAGGGGGGGGGUAGCAGAGGACCAAAGCAAACUCCUGCCUUCAGGAGCUGGAAGGGUCUGUUGGGUCACUCCUGGCUUGGCUUGGAAGGGGCAAGCUUCUAACUCAGUUUUUCUACAGGAAAGCACUUUAUUAGGGCCUGGAGCAGCUGGAUCAACUAUCAACCUGUUAGCAGGCUGCUUGCUGUUGUCCUCAACCACUGAGAACUACCGGAGACUCCUCAAAUACUGUAUUUUUGUAGUGAAGAGUAGUUAAUAUAUUUGCCUAGAGGUGUGCACAUUUACUGGGAAAAUCCAAACCUGCUGUUAAUUCCAUUUUUAUUCCUGUCAACUGGCUAACUACCCAAAUCUGGAGCUUUUCUUCAUGGGAUGCUGGAGUUGAAACAAGCCUUGAAGUGUUAAGAGCCUUCUAAAGACUUUCAGGUACUUGUUUCUAGUUGAGCAGAUGUCUUCAGUGAGGGGUUCUUUCUGUUCUGCUGUACGUUCUGUGGAUGGAGGGUGUGAAACAGAAGGUUUUGUGCCCUUCAGCUCUUGGCUGGUGGUUUUAGCUUUGAGUGGUACUGGUUGCCUUACUUAUUGCUGCUGCUUCUCGUGCCUUGGAGUAGUGAGGAAGAUGAAGGAUUACUUGGACCUCUGGAAAGAAACACUUGCCUGGACCUCACUAGAACUUGUCUUUUAGACUUUAUUCCACAGCUUUCUGAUGUUGGAGGUCAGAGAGCCAGGAAAACCCAGUUGUGCCUUUGCACGGAGACUGACCGCUUCAGAAACCUGGGAUGGUGUUAUCCGUGAUCCCAACCGGACACUGGGAAGCAGGGCUGGCUUCUUGCUUUUUCCUGGCCUCAUUUUAAAGCAGGAUGGGUACUGCUGACAGCACCGUGGGGUGUGUGUGCGAUGCUUUUGGAGCGGGGCUUGUGUGAAGCUUGGAUCGCUGUUGGUGAGAACGUGCAUCUUGAAGUUAGAGGCACAGAAACAACGCGGGAAAACACUCUCUUAGCAGGCUCCUUGGAGAUUGAAGCCUUAAAACCUGUCCUAUCCUCUCCUGGAAGCCUUUUGUGCCAGUUACAGCCAUGUCCCUUGAGGGGGACCCCAGGUUGUGGCUGGCUCUUGCCCCAGGGUUGUUCUCUCUGGUCCUUUGACUUCCACAAUCACAAAAGCAUCGCACAAACCUUGUACCUCAGUCUUGGACUGGCAAUACCAGUUAAAACCUUUCUUUGGCAUAAGGGGACUGGCAUUUUAUGUCCAGCAAGGUGCUUCACCUUGACUUUAAGGGCCUUAAGAAUCAAAUGUAUUGUUUUAUUAUUGAAGGAUCUGAAUGUGGUUUUAUUUUUUUUCCUGUUUGUACUGUCUGCUUUUAGCCUGGGACCCUGUUUGUUUUUAAAUGCCUUCUGGUUUCAUGGAACACUAAAAUAAAAAUACCUUAAAUCA